AUCCACUCGUUUGUUUCUCCUUUAAAAGUUCUUCCCGAAAAAGCGAACAAAAAAUAAACUUUCUUAUUUCUCUAUCUAGAAAUGGCUUAUGGAAUGGCAAUAACCUUUCGGCCGGCAAUGGUACAGGCGAACGCUGGAGGACCCAGAAGGGAUCGGAGUCGGAGAAGCGCUGGAACCGGCGGCGGCGGGGCUUGGUGGACCCCGUUGUUUGGCUGGGGAGCGCAGCCGGACUAUAUCGACUGCGUAGAUCAAUCUUCGCCAGAAAAGGCUGCAGCGACGGAUCCGGCGAUGGAGAGUCGGAAGAGCUCAGCGCGGAUCUUCACUGGGUUCACAGAGGAGAAAGCGAGGGAGAUGCGGAUGAGGAUGCUGGAAACAGAGAGCUUCCACGACGCUAUGUAUCACUCUUCAAUCGCCUCCCGCCUAGCAAGCGAUGUUCGCCGCAGAUCCGGAUACAAUAACUAGGAUUUCAAUAAAAGUGUUUGAAUUGAAGUUUUUAUCAGAUCUUUUCUCCUGCCCAGAGCUUAAUCACCAAUAAAAUCAAGAUUCCCUUUUUUUUUUUUAAGUUUAUUUUCUUUUUUUUUUUCUAUAUUUGAUAAAUCAGUGUUGGUGCCGUUACCCCUUGGCACAAUAUCAAGUUAGAAAUAAAAUCGUGGUGCAGAUGUCAAGCAUGCUGGGAGGGGACCGGGAAAAAUAAUUCGAGACUAGUAAUCUUUGCCUCUAUGUGUUCAUCGCUAAAUGUCAUCGUCAUAGAUUACCAUAUUAACUGUAUGUUUACUUCCCUAUGUGUAAAUCAAAUUCACAGGCAUCAGAGCCGAUUACAGUGA